CGGUGCUUGGCCAAAGCCGGCCUUGAUGGCUAAGCGCAGAGCGGAGGCGGUGGCCUGUCGCGCGCCUUGCCAGCUGCGCGCCUUUCCGCGCGCGCCUCCUCCUCCGAAGCGCUCGCGGAGCGAUCUCGAACGGCGGGAGUCGCGAGGCGCAGCGCUCUGGCGGGAAAGCGGCGGGGUGAAGCGCAAAUGGACGGUUGUUGCGGAGGGAGGCGACGAGGCGGGGGCCGGCGGCAAGAGGCUCGCGGAAGGAACGGCGCGGCGGGAGCCCGAGCAGCGGCUUCCUGUAGUCGCUGGUAUGGCGACCGAAGCGGCGGCUCUCGCCGGAGGAGAUGCAACGGCCGGUCAGGGAGGGCCCGAGAAGCUUGAAGAUGACGUUUGGCACUACAACUCCUUCCAGUUCUGGAAGUUACCAUUACCUACCAUUGAUUUGUCCGAUAUUCAAGAAUUAGAAAAAGGCUCCAUAACAGAAACAAGAUCCUCCAGUAACACCUCACUAUCAGAAAUGGAAACCUGAAGAGUAAUCUGUUGGUAUAGAUUAUGGAGUGUGGUUACUGUUUUGCGCUGUUGUUUCUUGAAAGUGUAAGCAGAGUUGAAACUACGAAGCCUAGGUGCCAUUUCAGUAAACUUACAUGUCGAUAAACAAACAGGCAAUGUUUGUAAACUUUUUAAAUAAGGUGUGUUGAAAUAAUUUUCCUUGUAGAAAGUAAUAUAUAAGACUUAUAAUAAGACUUUUCACUGACUUUCCAUAUUUUUUCAAUAGUUAUACAGUUCAUUUCAUGUUAAAUGAUACCAGUAACUGCAUAUAAGCUAUAAAGUUAGUUUUGCAUGUUUAUUCAAUGCAGAUUUUUUUUUCCUCUUAAAAAUACAAAUGCUGCUGUAUAGCAGCCUCUUUCCAAUUUUGUACUUAAAUUUUGGUUGCUGUAUUUCAUAAGAAUUCACUAUUGAACUCUUCAAUGCAGAAGAAAAAGCAAAUAUAGUUUCCUUUCUUUUCCAUUGUCCUCCAUUUAUCUGUUUGCUAUAGAAUGAAAGAAAGCUACUCUUACAAGAUUUCAUCAGCCUAAACAUUCCUGUUCCUUUACCAGCAUUAUUUCAUUAUUUUGAGUCAUGGACUAAAGUUUGGGAGAAUAAGAUGAGGAACAAAUGACUAAAAGAAGCUACCUUUGUAAAAGGAACUACUAUCUGAAAAAUGCAUAAGGUCACCUACCUUAUGAACACAUUCUUGGAUAGCUAUAAGUUGAUAUUGUAUUUCAAUAAUUAAAAUGUGCAUUGUAAAUCAGAUAUUUGACUUUUUUCUUGCUUUCUACAGUACAAACAUUCUACUUGAACAAAAAGAUAUUUGUAAAGACCCACUCACCUAUAUACAAACAACAAGCUUUUUAAUGAUAAUUGUUGCAUCAAUAUUUUGUUGCAACAACUAUUAAGAAGAAACAAGUCUACUUAGUAGCAUUGAGAUUAGCAAGAAAAAUAGUAAAAAUGCUUUUUAGUUAUCUUUGAACAAGUCAGAGCUUAUAUUAGUAACAGAGAUCCACAGUGAGCUGUCGGAUUUUUUUCCAUUGGAAAACUUCUAUUCUGAACUAAGCUGCUACUUAAAACAAACAGGAAACAUUCUGAAUGUUAAUCAUUUCCUUAAUGUGGUUUAUAAACUUGAAACCAGAUUGUCACAUGUUUUUAAGUAUAAGUUGUAGUCUCUUCAGUUUAAUUGCAGUACAAGUAUGUCACCAGAGUUUUCAGAGUUCAUCUUUUUCCCUGUUCCCAUUAAAGCUUUUAAUUGCAAGUACAUGGACAAUUCUAAUCAUUACUUUCCAGCAUUGUUUCCAUUAGCUGUUAGGGCAAAGCAGUUUUUAUCUGAUUGUGAUGUAGAUGGAAAGUUCAGUAUGAAAUCCAGUGGAUAAAGCCUACAAAAAGUUCAUUUUAGUGAUGAGAAUGAAGAAGUCCCAGAAAUCUUGGAUUGAAGGUGCCUUCAGUAAAAGAGAAUGUGCAAAAAUUGUACCCAGCUCAAAAGAUUCUCACAGAUGUUUUCAACAUUCACAUUAUCAUCAGUCCAGUGGACCACUGUACAGAGGUUCUGCAGGAUGUCAAGUAUGCCAGAAUCUAAUUCGAUGUUGCUGUGGUCGGCUAAUUGGUGAUCACCAUGGGAUAGAUUAUGGUUAUCCUGUAUUUCAGUCCGAAAAAGAAAAACAUAAUGUGGAAUGGUCUGUUGAAAAAGAUACAAAGAUUAGUCCAACUGAUGCAUUUGGUACAAUCAAUUUUCAAGACAGUGAUCACACGUACCAUGCUAAGUAUAUCAGAACUUCUUAUGACACAAAACUAGAUCAGCUGUUGCAGCUCAUGAUUAAAGAAUGGCAGAUGGAAUUUCCCAGAUUGGUCAUUUCAGUUCACGGUGGCAUCCAAAACUUCAAACUUCCAUCUAAACUAGUGCAACUUUUCAGCAAAGGAUUGGUCAAAGCUGCUGAAACUACAGGAGCUUGGAUAUUAACAGAAGGCAUUAACACUGGAAUAUCUAAGCAUGUGGGAAAUGCAUUGAAAUUCCAUGCCUCUCAAUAUUUAAGAAAGAUCUGUGCUAUUGGAAUUUCCCCUUGGGGCAUCAUUGAAAAUCAGAAAGAACUUAUUGGCAAAGAUGUAGUCUGCCUGUAUCAGACACUUGGCAAUCCCCUUAGCAAGCUGAGCACCCUCAACAGCAUGCAUUCCCAUUUCAUACUGGUUGAUGAUGGCACAGUGGGCAAGUAUGGCAGUGAGAUGAAACUCAGGAGAAGUCUGGAAAAGUAUCUAUCACUUCAAAAAAUACAUACCAGAAUGGGACAAGGUGUGCCCUUAGUUGGGCUAGUGGUAGAAGGCGGUCCCAAUGAAAUCCUGACAGUCUGGGAAUAUGUCAGGGACACACCUGCUGUUCCGGUAGUAAUAUGUGAAGGAACUGGAAGAGCUGCAGACGUGCUUGCAUUUACCUAUAAACACACCGCAGAUGACACAAACUGGAACACUCAACUUAAAGAAAAGAUAUUAUUAAAGAUUCAGAACAGCUUCAGUUUUGGGCAAAAGCAGUCCCAUCAUUUGUUGAAAAUUUUAAUGGAAUGUAUGGAACAUAGGGAUUCUAUAACAAUAUUUGAUGCUGAGUCAGAGGAACAUCAGGACAUGGAUCUCGCAAUCCUGACUGCACUCUUGAAAGGCACUCAUAUGUCUGCUCCAGAUCAGCUCAAUCUGGCUCUGGCUUGGAACAGAUUGGACAUUGCUAAGAAACAUAUAUUGGUUUAUGGACAACACUGGAAGGUUGGCUCCCUUGAACAAGCAAUGCAGGAUGCCCUCAUUAUGGACCGGGUAGAAUUUGUGAAAUUGUUAAUAGAACAUGGUGUGAAUCUACAUCGCUUCCUUACGAUAUCCCGGCUGGAAGAGCUGUACAAUACUAAACAAGGGCCAACCAAUCUACUUUUGCAUCAUCUUCUUUGUGACGUGAAACAGAGUACUCUUCCAGUGGACUAUAAAAUAUCGUUGAUUGAUAUUGGAUUGGUUAUAGAGUACUUGAUUGGUGGAGCUUAUCAGAGCAGCUACACAAGAAAACAUUUCAGAAUUUUAUACAAUAAUAUUUACAGAAAACAUAAGAAUCAAGAUGUUGUCUCCAGGCUGGCACAGAACCUCUCGCUUCACCAGGUUAAUCAGACUGGGAGUCGAAGUGGAACUGCUGAAAAUACUUUGCAUUCCCAGUUUAUCAGAACUGCUCAGCCAUACAAAUACAAAGAAAAAUCAACAAAUCUCCAUAAAUCCAAGAAGAAGGUCAAAGAUGAAUUCACAGUAUUUGAUGACCAAGAGUCGGUUGGCUUUAUUUACCCCUACAAUGAUCUCUUGGUUUGGGCGGUUUUGAUGAAAAGGCAGAAGAUGGCUAUGUUCUUCUGGCAGCAUGGAAAGGAAGCAAUGGUCAAAGCUGUGGUAGCUUGCAAACUCUAUAGAGCCAUGGCACGUGAAGCCAAACAAGGCAACAUGGAGGAUGAUACAGCAGAGGAACUGAAGAAGUAUUCAAAUGAGUUUGGGCAGCUUGCUCUAGAUGUGUUAGAUAAUGCAUUCAAGCAAAAUGAGCAGAUGGCCAUGAAGCUGUUGACAUAUGAGUUGAAGAACUGGAGUAAUUCAACGUGUCUGAAACUGGCUGUGUCAGUGGGUUUGAGACCUUUUGUGUCUCACACAUGCACCCAGAUGCUGUUGACUGAUAUGUGGAUGGGGCGCCUGAAAAUGAGAAAGAAUUCCUGGUUUAAGGUGAUUCUAAGUAUUCUUCUACCUCCCACCAUCUUGAUGCUGGACUUUAAAAGCAAGGCUGAAAUGUCCCAUGUGCCUCAGUCGCAGGAGCCCCACCAAUUCACGUGGUACCAUGGUGAUCCAAACACCACCAGUGGAAAAGAUAACUUAUCAUUGAAUAAUUAUGAUUUUGAGAAAGAGGUUGAGAAGCAAGCUGAAAAACCGCCUUACUCCAACAACAAUGAACAACAAAGCCUUCUUGGAACAAGGAAAAUGUAUGAAUUCUACAACGCCCCUAUUGUCAAGUUCUGGUUCCACACGAUGGCCUAUUUAGUCUUUCUCAUGCUGUUUACUUAUACAAUCCUGGUGAAGAUGAAACCAACUCCCACUGCUCAGGAAUGGCUUGUGAUCACCUACAUUUUUACUACCUCCAUUGAGAAAGUCAGAGAGAUUUUUAUUUCAGAGCCAAGCAAGUUCAUCCAAAAGGUGAAAGUAUGGAUUUAUGAAUACUGGAAUUUUACAGACUUUAUUGCUAUCAUCCUGUUCAUGACCGGAUUUGGUUUGCGCUGGGCUAAUCCUCCACUUCAAACAAUAGGAAGAUUAAUUUAUUGUUUGGAUAUAAUAUUCUGGUAUGCUCGACUUCUUGAUUUUUUUGCCGUGAAUCAGCAUGCUGGCCCCUAUCUGACAAUGAUAGGCAAAAUGACAGCAAACAUGUUCUAUAUUGUAAUUAUGAUGGCCAUAGUACUAUUAAGCUUUGGUGUUGCACGAAAAGCAAUACUUUCUCCAAAUGAGCAGCCAUCAUGGACUCUUGCACGAGAUAUUGUAUUUCAGCCAUAUUGGAUGAUAUUUGGUGAGGUGUAUGCAGGAGAAAUUGAUGCUUGUGAAUUAGAUAAAAACUGUCCUCCAGGUUCAUUCCUCACCCCGUUUCUUCAAGCAGUGUACCUUUUUGUACAAUACAUUAUUAUGGUCAAUCUACUUAUUGCUUUCUUCAAUAAUGUUUAUUUUGAUAUGAAGUCUAUGUCAAACAAACUCUGGAAAUACAACCGUUACCGCUAUAUUAUGACAUACCAUGAAAAGCCAUGGCUGCCCCCACCUUUCAUCAUACUGAGCCACAUUGGCCUUGUGCUAAAUUGUCUUUGCAACCGCCGGCUCCCAAGUGAACUGGAUCAAGAGGAGAAGGAGCAUGUUGAACUCAAACUGUACCUGAGCGAUGAAGAAUUAAAAAAGCUUCAUGAUUUUGAAGAACAGUGUGUGGAACAGUACUUACAUGAAAAGAAGGAAAGCUUUCAUUUCAGCGAUAGUGAGCAGAUCCGUGUUACAAAUGAAAGAGUUGAAGAAAUGUUUUCACAGCUGAAGGAAAUUCACGACAAAGUAAUUUAUAUCAAAGAUUCUUUACUUGCCUUGGACAGCCAACUGGGACACUUACAGGACCUCUCAGUUUUAACGGUUGAUACUCUCAAAAUCAUUUCAGCUGUGGAUACUUUGCAAGAAGGCGAAGUCUUUCUAUCUGAACAGAAGCAUCAGUCCUGUAGAAAGCUUCCGCAUAGUUGGAGCAACACUCUAUGUUCAAAGGCUUUGAGUUGCAUGGAAAGUGAGAAUAUCAAGUACAAUUACCACAGCAUGCCACCUUCUCUUCAGAGGAACCUAGCCAGAAGCCAUUGGUCAUUAGGGGGGAACCAUCCCAUUCUGGAUGGCCUAAACUAUGAUGAAAUCCAAUUAAUCAAGAAAGAUCAAGAACAGGAAGUUGAAAAUGGCCUUCUGACAUCGGAGUUAUCUUCAGGGAAUAAAUCAGGCUCUCGAUACGGACAGUUUCUUCUUGUGCCUCCAGAUCAGAAAGGAGCUUCUGAAGAUGCUGGUUUAAGUUUGGCCUUUUCAACUACUCUGAAUGAGCUUAAGGAUGAGGACUUAAAAGCUAAAGACGAAAUGAAGCAGAGUGACCCUGUCCCUCAAUGCCAUGUAUGCAGUGCCAACGAUGGGGCAAAAACAAUGCCGGUUAUCAGCCAAGUACAAGAGCUGAACAUUUCCGUGGCUAAGAAAGAAAACGAAACUGCUGCCGAACACCAUUUAUCCAUCCACACAGUUAAUAGCAUCCGUGAGAUCUCUCAAUCUGCUCCUUAUCAGUGUGAGGGACCAGGAAAAGGUUAUGUAAAUUGGGGCUUCCUGGAAGACAACGAGAAGAGAGAUUGUGGAAAUUGGUCAAGGCAGCAAGCAUGUCAACAAUCGCUCCAUGACAAAGAAGAUGGCCGUUACAGUCCUCCGCAUGUGCAGAUCAAGGAAUCCAAAUCUUUCUCUUACAGUUCGGACGUAUCAGAGUACAGUAGUGACAGCUCACAGUCUCGCCUGACUUUUCAGCGCAGCAUGUCUGUCUGGAUCAACCCUCUCAAGAGAAAUUGGCCUUUCUGCAAAGGGAGCAGCUUUUCUGCCCAUGGUGCUGAGAAAACAGCAAAAACCUGCAAAAUAAAAGAAUUUUCAAAAUCUACUCAGCUCUGUCAGUCAGUAUGGGCCAAGGCAAAAUUUGGAAACAAAGAAAGGAGGUCUUCAAGGAAAAAGCGAAAAACUCUUCAAGUUCCAUUGAUUACAGUAGAUAGUUGCCCUCAGAGCAUCCAAGUGAAUUUGGAACCGCUUGACAGUAAACCUGCCGAAGACAAAGAGGAACGCAGGGCCAAAUGGCUGACUGUGUCUCACUUCAAGCAACUAAGUUUAGAUCAUAUCAGUUGUAUGCAUCAGGAAAUGAAAAAUCAAGAACUGGUGAGGCAGACAGUGCAAAUCUGUGACUACUUGAGACAAUCGCAAGAGGAUUUAAAUAACAGCAUUGCUUGGACUAGGAAGAAUAGAAAGAAUAAUCUGAGCAGAAGCUACUCGUUAAGAAGUUUAGAUGGAGAUGGCAAUAUCUCACUCUCCUUAAAAACCCCUCAAGAUUUGCACCAUCAUUACUCAGCUGUUGAAAGAAACAAUUUAAUGAGGCUGGCUCAGACAAUCCCUUUCACACCAGUGCAGUUUUUUGCUGGAGAAGAAGUAACAAUUUAUAGACUGGAAGAAAGUUCACCUUCAAGCCUUGAUAAAAGCAUGUCCUCUUGGUCACAGCACGGCAUGGCUGCCAUGAUUCAAGUUUUGUCUCAGGAGGAAAUGGAUGGAGGGUUGAGGAGAGCCAUGAAAGCUGUCUGCACCUGGUCUGAAAAUAAUGUGCUCAAGUUAGGUGAAGUUUUCAUUGUAAAAUCUUUCCUUCCUGAAGUUGUUCAGACUUGGCAGAAGAUCUUCCACGAAAGUACAGUGCUCCAUCUGUGUCUCAGAGAAAUACAGCAGCAAAGGGCAGCUCAGAAAUUGAUAUAUACCUUCAAUCAAAUGAAGCCCCAUAGCAUUCCAUAUACUCCCAGAUUCCUUGAAGUCUUUUUAAUUUAUUGCCAUUCAGCCAAUCAGUGGCUGACAAUAGAGAAAUAUAUGACAGGAGAAUUCCGCAAGUACAAUAACAACAAUGGGGAUGAAAUCACACCUAGCAAUUUGCUGGAAGAAGUUAUGCUGGCUUUUUCUCACUGGAGUUAUGAAUAUACCCGAGGAGAACUUCUUGUAUUAGAUUUGCAAGGUGUUGGAGAAAACCUCACAGAUCCAUCUGUUAUUAAACCUGAAGACAAACAAGGGAUGACCUUUGGACCAGCAAACCUUGGAGAAGAAGCCUUCAAAAACUUCAUUUCAAAGCAUUGCUGCAAUUCUUGUUGCAGGAAACUCAAACUUCCUGAUUUGAAAAGAAAUGAUUAUGCAUCUGGGAGGGUCAAUCCAGCUUUUGAAACUGAAACAGAAAUACCAAUGGCAGCAGAAGAUGCGACUGCAAACAAUAGGAACGAUGAACCACUGGAAUAUUAUACUCGGCUGUGAAGCAAGAUAAAUGAUAAAAAUGAUAAAAAAUUCUAAUUUUUAUCAUUAGAAUUUUUUUCCUGAAGGGCCAAAUCCUGGGAACUCCACUACCUCCAUUGUCUGUAAUAUUCUAGAAUAAAGAAAGAAAAACCAUUAAUGUGAAAGGGUUUGCAAAAGAAUUCCUUUAAAAUAAGGAGUCUCCUCUGUUUUUAAAGGUUAUUCACUGGAUCAAUUGAAGCAGUGCCAGUGCUUCAAUUUAUGAAUGUUUAAAAGUGUGUCACUUAAAAUAAGAAAAGUUCCAAUGGUUAUGAGAAAUUGGAAGAUUUCCUAGAAACAAAUUCAAAGAAAUCCCCCAGAUGGCAACCAGAAAUAUUCAGUCCUGGUCAAAGGUGGUCAGACAUGUUGACAAAAUGGCCAGAUAAAAGUUGAGGCUCAAAUUUUCCAAGAAAAGGAGUUCCAAAGUCCAGGAGUUGCAUCAGAAAAGGUCUCCUGCAUUCAUAUAUUUUAUGAAUGUUUUGUUAAUCUUUUUACUUUAACAAAGUAUCCUAUAAUUAUGGCUGGCAAUUUUAAUAAAGUUUUGGGUGUUUGGGUUGACCAUGGCUUUAAUUAAAUGUAAUUUCUAAUCACAUACACUGAAAAUAUUUAUUAAAUUUAAUCUGAUGGGUAUCUGUUAACAUUUGAACUCAUUACAAUGAGAAUGUAUUUUUUUCCACAGUUCCCCAUCAGACCUGUUCCUAAUAUUUUUUGUAUCUAGAUUUUCAUUGUUUAUGUGAGUGUCUGUGUAAAUAAAACAAGUUCUCGUAUAAA